UCAGGACCAGGACCAGGAACAAUUGACAUUCAUUGCCAUUCCGGAAGACAGCAUGAAGUUCUUCAAUCCAUUUUUUCUGCUCCACAUGCUGAUUAUUGUGUACGUGGUAACGUGUCAAGAUGGUGUAUCGGACUCGCCGGAAUAUUAUAAUGAUGAUAUACCCGGGCCCGAUAUAGGGUUUCUUCCCGAAGAUAAUCCGCAAAAUCCGAAUUUUGAUUAUGGACUUGGACCUGCAUAAGAGCUUAUUAGCAGCUAUCAGAAGCAGAAACAAACAUGGCUACGAAAUACAGAGAACUCAUUAACACUGUUAAAGAAUGUAUAUGCAUUUAGCUGCAAAAUUAAUCUAUCAAUAAAAUAUUAAAUAAAUAAUUGGAAUAAAUCGAUGAAUAUUCACUUAUCUUUUGAAAGCGGUAAUAGCAUUAUUAAAU